CUACUUUACCGGCAUUCGCUGCGCAUCAAAGUCGCCAUUUUAAUAAAUCAGGCAACAAUCAGUUGAAAACAGCCCCAAGCCGUGUUUACAUCCCUUAGAACAAGAGUUUUGGACCUUAAACUCUUCUCGGGGAAUCAAAAUGGGUGAAGAUAAAGAUAACAAAGAGCGGGAUCGUAGCCGUGAAAGAGAUAAGGACAAGGACCGUAGACGUCGUUCCCGUUCUAGGGAACACAGACGUCGUUCCCGCUCAAGAAGUCGCGACCGCAGACGUCGCAGCCGCUCCGGUAGUCCUAAACACAAAUCUUCACACUCAAGACGCAGAAAACCAUCCCUUUACUGGGAUGUGCCGCCCCCAGGUUUUGAACACAUCACCCCGCUGCAGUAUAAGGCCAUGCAGGCUGCCGGACAGAUACCCGCGAACAUCGUUGCCGACACGCCGCAGGCUGCAGUUCCAGUUGUUGGUUCUACCAUUACAAGGCAAGCUAGGAGGUUGUAUGUUGGUAACAUCCCAUUUGGAGUUACGGAGGAGGAGAUGAUGGAAUACUUCAACCAGCAGAUGCAUCUGAGCGGGCUCGCCCAGGCGGCCGGCAAUCCAGUGUUGGCGUGUCAGAUUAAUUUGGAUAAAAAUUUUGCUUUCUUAGAGUUUAGGUCCAUUGAUGAGACCACACAGGCCAUGGCUUUUGAUGGCAUUAAUUUCAAAGGACAAAGUUUAAAAAUUCGCAGGCCACAUGAUUAUCAACCAAUGCCAGGCAUGGCGGAGAGUACUAUUAGCGUGCCCGCGGGCGUUAUCAGCACAGUUGUGCCGGACUCGCCCCACAAAAUCUUCAUUGGCGGUCUGCCUAACUAUUUGAAUGAAGACCAGGUCAAGGAACUGCUGAUGUCCUUUGGUCAAUUAAGGGCAUUCAAUUUGGUGAAAGACACUGCAUUUGGCCUCAGCAAAGGAUACGCCUUUGCGGAGUACAUAGACAUUACCAUGACUGACCAGGCUAUUGCAGGUUUGAAUGGAAUGCAACUGGGAGACAAGAGACUCAUAGUACAAAGGGCCAGUGUUGGAGCCAAGAACACCACUGUUUUGCCAGCAGUGCAAAUCCAAGUACCUGGGCUGAGUCUAGUUGGUGCCUCUGGACCACCAACAGAAGUGUUGUGUCUUCUUAAUAUGGUGACACCAGACGAGCUUAAGGACGAGGAAGAGUACGAAGAUAUUCUAGAGGAUAUCAAGGAAGAAUGUAACAAAUAUGGUGUUGUAAGGAGUAUAGAAAUUCCAAGGCCUAUCGAAGGUGUUGAAGUACCUGGUUGUGGAAAAGUGUUUGUUGAGUUUAAUUCAGUGUUGGACUGUCAGAAGGCUCAACAGACUUUAACAGGCAGGAAAUUCAGUAAUAGAGUCGUGGUGACUUCAUACUUCGAUCCAGACAAGUACCACAGAAGAGAAUUUUAGUUUAGGCUGUAAAUGUUAAGAUUUAUUUUAAUUAUUGUGCUUUCCCCAUCAUCUAAUUGUAGACCUAUUAUAUAUGGUAAUAUACAUAAAUUCACUGAAAUGGAAACAA